AUGCCUCCUCCUCCUUCCAGACCCAGUCUCAACGGCGACAUCGGUCACCAGGGACCUCAUCCGGUAGCUCAGACGGUGAGGCACCAGCAGCCGUAUUACCGGGGCUACUCAUCAUCGUCGUCGGCGUCGCUGAAGGGAUGCUGCUGCUGCCUAUUCCUGCUAUUCGCGUUCCUAGCGCUGCUUGUGCUCGCGGUGGUGCUGAUCGUGAUACUGGCGGUGAAGCCGAAGAAGCCGCAGUUCGAUCUGCAGCAAGUAGCAGUGGUGUACAUGGGAAUCUCGUCGCCGAAUAAUCCCAACCCUAGCGCCAUGGAUCCAACCUCCGCCUCCCUCUCCCUCACCAUCCGCAUGCUCUUCACCGCCGGGAACCCGAACAAGGUCGGGAUCAGGUACGGAGAGUCAAGCUUCACGGUGAUGUACAAAGGCAUACCACUGGGGAGAGCGACGGUGCCUGGAUUCUACCAGGACGCGCACAGUACGAGGAACGUGGACGCCACCAUUGCCGUCGAUAGAGUCAAUCUUAUGCAAGCUAACGCCGCCGAUCUCGUCAGAGACGCUUCCUUAAACGACCUAGUGGAGCUCACCGUUCGCGGAGACGUUAGCGCUAAGAUCCGAGUCAUGAAUUUCGAUUCUCCGGGAGUUCAGGUAUCGGUGAAUUGUGGGCUGGGCAUUAGUCCCAAGAAGCAAGCUCUGAUGUACAAGCAAUGUGGCUUUGAUGGCCUCAGCGUCUAA